AUGUUGAAGCUUUUCCAAAAAAAGGUUGUGAUGAAUGAUUAUGGGCAACUGCUGCAAGGUUUUGAGCUGCAUGGGUGGAAACCAGACGAUUCAUUAAGUCAAGAUGAAAACAUGAUGGAUUUGGUGAUGCUUGUUACUCGAAACUCGACACUCAGACAAGGAAGCAUGGCUUGUGUUUUUACAGAUAGUAAGAAGAAUAUGAUCAGUGUGGCAAAUAAUCGGUCGUUGUAUACCAGUAACGACAGUGAUGUUCAUGCUGAGAUUGCGGCUCUUGGACAAGCUUGUAUGAUGGGACGAACCACCAAAGGUGCAACUGCUUAUAUUACAAUGCCUCCAUGCAAGCGAUGUUUUGCGGCGUUGGUUGUAGCCGGAGUCAAGAAGAUUGUCACACGUCGUGUCCCCCCUAGGCUCAUCACUGAUUGUGCCGAGAAGGAGGGUAUUGAAAUUGUUGCGGUGUCUCACGAGGGCAUUCAGCAACAGACUGGGCGUAUCAACAUGCUCAUCUAUGGUGAUCCGAAUGGGAAGAAGCGAAAUCGCGAUGAUAACAAUGAAGAAUCUCAGACACAAAAGAAAACGAAGGAAAGUUAG